CCAGGCGGAGCGGAGGCGCCGGGAGCGGUGAGAGAGAGGCAACGGGACCUUGGUGCGGAAGGCAGCGGUGGCCCGCGAGAGCCCGAGAGGAAGUCCUCUCGCCACUGUUUCUGUCCUACGGCAGCUGCCCCAGGAACCCCUGUGUCCUUGAGGCCCAUCUGAGCAGCCCCCUCCUCCUUCAGGGCAGGAACCACUGAAACCUCAGCCUUCUGGCUGGGCACCAGGGACCUGUGUCCACCAAUGCUGCCCGGCCCCCAGAGAGUCAGGCCCACAGAGCACGCCCAUGUGGGCCGGCGGUGUGGGGAGCCCUCGGCGGGGCAUGGCCCCUGCACCUACCGAUGACCUCUUUGCCCGUAAGCUGCGUCAACCUGCUCGUCCCCCACUGACUCCACAUACCUUUGAGCCAAGGCCAGCCCGGGGCCCGCUUCUGCGCAGUGGCAGCGAUGCUGGCGAAGUCAGACCCUCUACACCAGCCAGUCCCCGUGCCCGCGCCCACAGCCACGAGGAUGCCAGCCGCCCUGCUGCAACCCCUACUCGGCUCUUCACGGACCCACUGGCACUUCUGGGGUUGCCAGCUGAGGAGCCAGAGCCGACCUUCCCGCCGGUGCUGGAGCCCAGGUGGUUUGCUCACUAUGAUGUGCAGAGUCUGCUCUUUGACUGGGCUCCGCGACCUCGGGGGACCGGGAGCCACACAGAGGCCAGCUCUGCAACCCUGGCCUCACCCGAGGACCAGACCACCACCUCAGAUCUACUGCUUGGGGCACCCGGCUUUGUGAGCGAGCUUGGUGGUGAGGGCGAGCUAGGGCUGGGUGGACCAGUGUCCCCACCAGUGCCCCCCGCACUACCUAAUGCGGCUGUGUCGGUCCUGGAGGAGCCACAGACCCGAACCACAGCUUACAGCCUGGAGCACGCAGAUCUGGGUGCAGGCUACUACCGCAAGUACUUCUAUGGCAAAGAACACCAGAACUUCUUUGGGCUGGAUGAGGCGCUGGGUCCGGUGGCGGUGAGCCUGCGACGGGAGGAGAAAGAGGGCAGCGGAGGGGGCACCCUCCACAGCUACCGGGUCAUCGUGCGGACCACGCAGCUCCGGACCCUCCGCGGCACCAUCUCGGAAGACGCGCUGCCCCCGGGGCCCCCGAAGGGCCUAUCCCCGAAGAAGCUUCUGGAACACGUGGCUCCACGGCUGAGCCCAACGUGCCUGCGCCUAGGUUCCGCCUCCCCCAAGGUGCCCCGCACGCUGCUUACUCUAGAUGAGCAAGUGCUGAGCUUCCAGCGGAAGGUGGGCAUCCUGUACUGCCGGGCCGGCCAGGGCUCCGAGGAAGAGAUGUACAACAAUCAGGAGGCAGGAGCAGCCUUCACGCAGUUCCUCACCUUGCUGGGCGACGUGGUGCGGCUCAAAGGCUUUGAGAGUUACCGGGCCCAGCUGGAUACCAAAACGGAUUCUACCGGCACACACUCGCUCUACACCACCUACCAAGACCAUGAGAUCAUGUUUCACGUGUCCACGAUGCUGCCUUACACGCCUAAUAACCAGCAACAGCUCCUGAGGAAGCGUCAUAUCGGCAAUGACAUCGUGACCAUCGUGUUCCAGGAGCCGGGUAGCAAGCCCUUCUGCCCCUCAACUAUCCGCUCGCACUUCCAGCACGUGUUUUUAGUGGUGCGCGCGCAUGCUCCCUGUACCCCGCACACCUCGUACAGGGUGGCAGUGAGCCGCACCCAGGACACUCCUGCCUUCGGGCCGGCGCUGCCGCAAGGCGGAGGCCCCUUCGCGGCCAACGCCGAUUUCCGGGCCUUCCUGUUGGCCAAGGCCCUCAACGGUGAGCAAGCGGCUGGUCACGCACGCCAGUUCCACGCCAUGGCUACCCGCACGCGCCAGCAGUACCUGCAGGACCUGGCUACCAAUGAAGUGACCACUACGUCGCUGGACUCCGCCUCGCGCUUCGGCCUGCCCUCCCUGGGCGGCAGGCGCCGGGCAAGCCCUCGGGGCCCCGGCGCGGAGCUGCAGGCGGCCGGCGCGCUCAUGUGGGGCGUGCGCGCGGCCCCCGGGGCGCGGGUCGCGGCGGGAGCGGAGGCGGGCGGCCCGGAGAGCGUCGCCGCCGAGGUGCCCUGCUUGUUGGGCAUCUCGGCAGAGACGCUGGUGCUGGUGGCACCGCGCGAAGGCCGCGUGGUCUUCAACUGUGCCUGUCGCGACGUGCUGGCUUGGACCUUCUCUGAGCACCAGCUCGAUCUGUACCACGGGCGCGGGGAGGCGAUCACACUGCGCCUCGAUGGGGCCCCGGGGCAAGCCGUGGGCGAAGUGGUGGCGCGGCUGCAGCUGGUGAGCCGCGGCUGUGAGACCAGGGAACUGGCCCUGCCCAGAGAUGGCCAAGGUCGCCUGGGCUUCGAGGUGGACGCAGAGGGCUUUGUCACGCACGUGGAGCGCUUCACCUUCGCGGAGACCACUGGGCUCCGGCCCGGAGCGCGCCUGCUGCGCGUGUGUGGUCAGACGCUGCCCAAGCUGGGUCCACAAGCUGCUGCCCAGAUGCUGCGCUCUGCGCCCAAGGUCUGCGUCACGGUCCUGCCCCCGGACGAGAGCGGCCGGCCCCGGAGGAGCUUUUCUGAGCUGUACAUGCUGUCCCUGAAGGAACCCGGCCGGCGUGGGAACCCAGAGCCGGUUCAGGAUGAGCCCGUGAAAGUGGUCAUGCCACCCCCCGCGAAGCAGCUGCUGCGUUUCUGCCUGAAAGAUAGCACUAGCCCUCCAGGGCCCGGGGAUCUGACCGAGGAGAGAACAGAGUUCCUGCACAGCCACAACUCUCUGUCGCCACGCAGCUCCCUGUCGGAUGAGGCUCCGGUCCUGCCCAACACCACGCCGGACCUCCUCCUUGUCACCACUGCCAACCCAGCAGCACCCAGCACCGGCAGAGAGACACCCCCCUCCCCGGACCAGGACCAGGUGGGCAGCCCCAGUAGCCGUGAGGACACUGGUGACUCAGCCCCAGAACUGAGGGCCUCCAUCCUGCCCAGAACCUUGUCUCUGAGGAACUCCAUCAGUAAGAUUAUGUCAGAAGCUGGCAGCGACACCCUGGAAGAUGAGUGGCAGUCCAUCUCAGAGAUUGCCUCCACCUGCAACAUAAUCCUGGAGUCACUGUCCCGGGAGGGACAGCCCAUUCCAGAGAGUGGAGACCCCAAGGGACCUCCAAAGUGUGAUUCUGAGCCAGAAGCCGGGAACCUGUCAGAAAAGGUCUCUCACCUGGAGUCCAUGCUCAGGAAGCUCCAGGAGGACCUGCAGAGGGAGAAGGCUGACCGGGCAGCCCUGGAGGAGGAGGUGCGGAGCCUCAGGCACAACAACCAGAGGCUGCUGGCAGAGUCUGAGAGUGCCGCCACCCGCCUGCUCCUGGCCUCCAAGCAGCUGGGCUCCCCCACUCCCGACCUGGCCUGAGGCUCGCCUGCCUGUCAUGCUCCAGGCCGACUGCCGACCUGCUUGGAACUGCCUGGCUCUUGAGAGCACCUGGGUCAUACUGGUGACCUUCCUCAGGACUUUCCCGCGCUGAGGCGCAUCUAGCACUGCCCCCGGUUCCCAGCCCAUUUGGUGGCUCAGGUGCCCCAACCUGUCCCUGUUUGUAAAUAUUCUGUAAAGAAAAGGGGUGUUCUGUAAACACCAGAGAGUUUCAGGAACAAAAACAAAAACCAGCUCUA